AUGGCUGCAAAGGAGAAGCUGGAGGCAGUAUUAAACGUGGCCCUGAGGGUCCCAAGCAUCAUGCUGUUGGAUGUCUUGUACAGAUGGGACGUCAGCUCGUUCUUCCAGCAGAUCCAAAGAAGUAGCCUGCACAACAACCCUCUCUUCCAGUACAAGUACUUGGCCCUUAAUAUGCAUUAUGUGGGUUACAUCUUAAGUGUUGUGCUCCUAACUUUACCACGGCAACACCUGGUUCAGCUUUACCUAUACUUUUUGACUGCACUGCUGCUUUAUGCUGGGCACCAAAUUUCCAGGGAUUAUGUGAGGAGUGAAUUGGAGUCAGGAUAUGAAGGGCCAAUGUACUUGGAACCUCUCUCUAUGAAUCGUUUCAUGACUGCUUUAGUAGGUCAGCUGGUGGUAUGUACGCUCUGCUCCUGCGUCAUGAAAACAAAACAGAUCUGGCUUUUCUCUGCUCACAUGCUCCCUCUGCUGGCACGACUUUGCCUGGUCCCUUUGGAAACCAUCGUCGUCAUCAACAAAUUUGCCAUGAUUUUCACUGGUUUGGAAGUUCUGUACUUUCUGGCAUCAAAUCUUCUGGUGCCAUAUAACUUGGCAAAAUCUGCAUACAGAGAGCUUGUCCAGGUGGUGGAGGUGUAUGGUCUCCUGGCUUUGGGAAUGUCCCUGUGGAACCAGCUGGUCGUCCCAGUUCUUUUCAUGGUGUUUUGGCUUGUCUUAUUUGCUCUUCAGAUCUAUUCCUAUUUCAGUACACGGGAUCAGCCUGCCUCAAGAGAGAGGCUUCUCUUCCUCUUCUUGACAAGUAUUGCUGAAUGCUGUAGCACUCCAUACUCGCUGCUGGGCUUGGUCUUCACAGUCUCUUUUGUUGCUUUGGGAGUUCUGACUCUCUGCAAGUUUUACUUGCAGGGUUACCGAGCAUUCAUGAAUGAUCCUGCUAUGAACAGGGGAAUGACUGAAGGAGUCACACUCCUGAUCCUGGCUGUGCAGACAGGUUUGAUUGAGCUCCAAGUUGUGCAUCGGGCGUUCCUGCUCAGUAUUAUUCUUUUCAUUGUGGUGGCAUCCAUACUUCAAUCCAUGCUGGAAAUUGCUGAUCCCAUUGUCUUGGCAUUAGGAGCCUCAAGGGACAAGAGUCUGUGGAAGCACUUCCGAGCAGUCAGCCUCUGUUUGUUCUUACUCGUGUUCCCCGCGUACAUGGCCUACAUGAUUUGUCAAUUUUUCCACAUGGAUUUCUGGCUGUUGAUCAUUAUCUCCAGCAGUAUUCUAACCUCUCUUCAGGUGCUUGGGACACUCUUCAUUUACGUUCUGUUUAUGGUGGAGGAGUUCAGAAAAGAACCUGUAGAAAAUAUGGAUGAUGUGAUUUAUUAUGUAAAUGGCACUUACCGGCUGCUGGAAUUCCUCGUCGCACUCUGCGUGGUGGCAUACGGUGUCUCAGAAACGAUCUUUGGAGAAUGGACUGUGAUGGGUUCUGUGAUCAUCUUCAUUCACUCCUAUUACAAUGUGUGGUUGCGAGCCCAACUGGGGUGGAAAAGUUUCCUGCUUCGCAGAGACGCUGUGAAUAAGAUCAAAUCACUGCCUGUUGCCACAAAAGAGCAGUUGGAGCAACACAAUGACAUCUGUGCCAUCUGCUACCAGGAUAUGAAAACUGCUGUAAUCACACCAUGCAGCCAUUUUUUUCAUGCGGGUUGUCUUAAGAAAUGGCUGUAUGUGCAAGAAACCUGCCCUCUGUGCCACUGCCAGCUGAAGAGCCCUUCACAGCUACCGGGACUGGGACCAGAACCAGUUCAACAGCCAAAUCCAAGUGCAGAGCAGAAUACCAGACCUGGAGAUGCAGCUGAGCCUCCUGGUGCUGAACGUGACAAUGGGCCGAGUACAAAAGACAGCCCCAGCAAGAGCAACAAGGGGGUUGCUGAUGGACAGGACAGCCUGGAGGGCUCUGCUCAGAUGGAGGGGUCCCAAAGCACGGGCAGUGACCCAUGCCCGUGUGAGGCCAGCCAGGGAGUGGCCUGUGCUGCAGGACUAAUUGCAGCCCCAGAGGGGUGCCCCACUCAAGACCCAGGGGUUUGUGUCCAGCUCUGA